CCCCCAACAUAAACCUUGUGCUAUUUCCUGAAAUCUCUCCUUCCCUCCAUUCAUUACAGGGCAAAAAUGUGGUUAAACCUUGUCUCUUUACUAGUAGUCCUCAAAGGAGUCCAGUCUCAGGUCCAGUUGGUGGAGUCUGGAGGGGAUGUGAGAAGACCUGGAGGGUCCCUCCGCCUCUCCUGCCAAGCCUCUGGAUUCACCUUCAGUAGCUACCACAUGAGCUGGGUGAGACAGGCUCCAGGAAAAGGCCUGGAAUGGGUUGCACUCAUCUAUACUGAUUCCAGUGGAAAGUUCUACUCCGACAAAGUGAAGGGUCGCUUCACCGUCUCCAGGGACAAUGCCAAAAGCCAGCUGUAUCUGCAAAUGAACAGCCUCAAAGCUGAAGACACGGCAGUCUAUUACUGUACGAGAGACACAGUGAGAGGAAGUGAAUCUGAAGCCAGAGUGAGCAAAAUGUGGCAAAACAUUCUCUUCAUUCUACUAGUCCUCAAAGGAGUGCAGUCUCAAGGACAGUUGGUGGAGUCUGGAGGGGAUGUGAGCAGACCUGGAGGGUCCCUCCGUCUCUCCUGUCAAGGGUCUGGAUACAACUUCGGAAGCUACCACAUGAACUGGGUGAGACAGGCUCCAGGGAAAGGACUGGAAUGGGUUGCAGGCAUCUAUGAUGAUUCCAGUGGAAAGUUCUACUCCGACAAAGUGAAGGGGCGCUUCACCAUCUCCAGGGACAAUGUCAAAAGCCAGAUGUAUCUGCAAAUGAACAGCCUCAAAGCUGAAGACACAGCAGUCUAUUACUGUACGAGACACACACUGAGAGAAGUGAAUCUGAAGCCAGACAAAAACCUUCCUUUCUUCAGAGCAGCUCUUCAACUUGACUGGAUUAGUCAUUGA